GCCGUGGUGGCCAUGGCGGCCGCGGGGCCCGUGUCGCUGUCGGGCGUGGUGAGCCGGGUGGAGGAGCUCGGGGACCGGGCCCAGGCCCACAUUCAGCAGCUGAGCGAAGCGGCGGGCGAGGACGAUCACUUUUUAAUUCGGGCCUCUGCAGCUCUAGAAAAAUUGAAACUCUUGUGUGGAGAAGAGAAAGAAUUUUCAAAUCCAUCACAUCUUCUGGAACUAUACACACAGGCUAUUUUGGACAUGACAUAUUUUGAAGAAAAUAAACUAGUAGAUGAAGAUUUUCCGGAAGACUCUUCUCCACAGAAAGUAGAAGAGCUGAUAAGUUUUCUUUCAGAACCAGAAAUUUUAGUCAAAGAAAACAACGUGAAUUCAAAAUCCUGCGAUUUGCUUGGGGAUGAGCUACUAGAAUGCCUCUCUUGGAGACGAGGAGCCCUGCUGUAUAUGUAUUGUCACUCACUAACUAAGAGAAGGGAAUGGCUCUCAAGAAAAUCGAAUUUGCUUCAAAAGUACCUUGUUGAUGGAAUCAAUUACUUGCUGCAGAUGCUAAAUUACCGGUGCCCUAUCCAGUUAAAUGAAGGAGUUUCUUUCCAAGACGUAGACACAGCUAAGUUACUGAGUGCAGGAAUAUUUAGUGACAUUCAUGUGCUGGCUAUGAUGUACAGUGGAGAGAUGUGCUACUGGGGACUGAAGCACUGUGCAUAUCAACAGCCGGAAAGCUGUGAAGUCGAUACUGGUGUUUCUGGAGCAGGCUGCACUCUACACAAAGAGCCAUUAGACUUCCGAGAAGUAGGAGAAAAAAUUUUGAAAAAGUAUGUAUUUGUAUGUGAAGGACCUCUGAAAGAACAAGAAUGGAAUACAACAAAUGCAAAACAAAUUUUAAACUACUUUCAGCAUUGCUAUAACUAGUAGCUCAUCUCAUCCUUUGCAAAUUAAAACAAAAAUCAUUAAGUGGAAAAGAAAGUUUCAGAAAAGAAGAUUCACUAACACUGAUAAUUGAGAAUACUACACCACAUAAAGAUAUUCAGUAUGGUUAUCAUUCUUUAAAUGCUAUUACCUGUUAUUAUAUAGUCUUAAAUCUGUGAAGAAAUGAUUUCUAAAUUGGCAUACAUGUUAUUGUAAUUCACCUUGAACUAUAUAUAAUCCUGUUGCUAGUAAGGAGGAAUCCAAUUCAGCUUCACAAAGUUUUUGUUUAUUAUUUUUGAUUAUUAUUGUUUCAGUGUAGGAAAAGUACAUGGAACAUAAGAUUCAAUCUUUCUUUCUUCUGUGUUUUGUUUGUUUGUUUGUUUGUUUUGAUGUAGGGCCUCUUUCUAGUCCGUGCUGACCUGGAAUUCACUAUGUAGUGUCAGGCUGGCCUGGAACUUAUAGUGAUCCUCCUACCUCAGCCUCCCAAGUGCUGGGGUUAAAGGUGUGUGCCACCACGCCUGGCUAAUCUCCCUUUCUUGAACUUUGCUGUGCUUCAGAGAUUAAAAUCAACUCACCCCAUUGUUUCCCUUAUGUACUAUGGGUAUUAAUAUAGGCAAAAUGAAAGAUUCUGACUAAUUCUCAGAUUUCAUUUUAAUAAGGUGAAUAACAAAAGAUCACAAAGGAGUUACUGUGCUUAUGUUGCAUGUAUUACAAUCAUGCUUCAGUUUUUAACUCACUCAUUUCAUAAAACUUCAGAAAUUGAUUUCUUACCUUGAUUAAAAUGAAAUUCAUGGUUUCUCAAUGAAUCAGGUUAAUCCAUCAAAUGCUUUUAAGGUAUAUCUUUACAUAUUAUACUGAAACUUAAAUAUGUUUUGCUUUUAAUAGUAGGGAUGGAAUGCGAAGGCCAAAGAGCCUAGUUUGAUAUCUUGCAUAUUACCAUCUUUCUGUCUACCUCAACUCCUGAAGUCUUGGAAUGGUUUGUGUGGUACUUUUGGUGCCCUCAAUUUCUGUCCUCAUGUUCAUGACAUUCCAGCGGCUUACUCCUGCGUUCUCACCCUGAUCAUCAAUCAUCCAAACUUUCUCAACUCUGAAAUCUUAAAUUUCAGUACUGGAUGAUGAUUCGCAUCUUUCCAGCCUUCAAUGUUCUUGUUUUCAUUGUUCUGUCUUUCAUUCUGUAGUCUGUAGCUGCUUCACAAGCUUCUUUGCUUGAUGCUUCCUUUCUCUAAACCACACUGCUUUAGGAUUUCUUUGUCCUCAGCAUCAUGGACCUUCACCACCACUGUCACUGCUGUCCCCUCUCCCAUCUUACCUUUCAGCCUCGUCUUUCUGCAGACUCUCAACUCAGAGUUAAUACUGUUGUCAGCAGUUUCUAGGAGACUGAGUUCUGUGAAGGACAUGCCUCCUUCAAAGUGAAAUAGUGGGCUGGAGGGAUGGCUUAGAAGUUAAGACACUUGCUGGUGAAGUCUAAGGACCCAUGUUCAACUGCCCAGGUCCCUUGUAAGCCAGAUGCACAAAGUGAUAUAAGUGCAAGGUGUCACA